AUGGCAGACACCCCCACACAACCCACCCACCUCGCCCACGCCCUCCUCCUCCGCUCCCACUCCCCCACCACCGCGUCGCGCCUCUUCCGCGAAAAGAUCCAGCAAAAGCCCCUCCUGCUACGUCCCUCCUCGCCACCCCCCUCAAACGCGCGUGCCUCUCGUCAGCGCGCCCGUGCCGCAAAGCUCGCCCGGCGCAAGACCCAAAAGCCCAAGCCGCUGAGCGCCAAAGCCAAGCGCAUAUUGGGGGUGCAUGAGGUGCCCAAGGCGCAGCGGAAAUAUGUCAUCUUUGAAGGACUAAAUAGGAUGUGGGGGGGUUAUAUGCGGGAUGUUUUGGGGGCCGGGGAAGGGAGGCAGGUCACGGCGCAGGGAGCGGGGCAGGUGUUGGUGAGCGCGGAUUUUCAUGGCGCGGAGGUGGAAGUUGUCAGGAGCAGGUGUGUUAGUCGGGUCGGAUUGAGAGGGAUCGUGGUUAGGGAUACGAAGUUUACGUUUGAGAUUAUUACGAAGGCGAACGAGCUGAAGACUGUGCCGAAGGAACAUACGGUCUUCAGGUUCGAAGUCCCACUGGCCGAGAAGACGGAGGAUGGAGAAGAAACUGCUCAGCAACCCAAGCCUCUGGUUUUUGAGCUGCAUGGAUCGCAGUUCGAGAACCGAGCACCAGACAGGGCGAACAAGAAGUUCAAGCUGCAUAUUCCGCCCGACCUCUGA